AGGUCAAAUUAAAGCAUGAAGCGCGGCAGAUACCAGCCACCACCACUCAGAAGUGAGGGGAAUGAAUUUUCUUUGCGCAUGAAGCCUCCAAGGAUCGAACAUUUUCAGGCUGGAACUGACAAUGGCUGUAGUGAGGAGAGGAAUGUACAAAAAAGUAAAGCAAAAAAAGUUGGAUUCAACAAAUCAGAUGUCAAAAUGGUACCAACUGAUGAUAAAAACGAAAAGACCUCAGAUGUAGAAAUGAGAUCAGGUCAUACACCUGGUUGCGCUGAUAACAUGUUGGACUUCAGGGAAUCACAGCAUAGAAACUCUAAAAGGAAGACACUGUGUAAUGGAUGUAUAGUUUGGGGAAAGUUUCUUAAAACUUGGUUACCAGGAGUGAUAUUUCCAGGACCAAUGGCUGGUCAGAAACCUGCAAAGCCAGGCUGGACAUGGCUGAUAUGGUUGCAAGACUUUAAGAUAACUCUAAUGGGACUCGGCCAAGUAGUGCAGUUUGCUGAUGGAUUUAGGCAGAACACUACACACAAGCUUUCUUCAGCAAAUGAAAUAGCCAUAGUCAAAGCACUUCAGAUUUGUGCUGACCGAGCUGGGAUACCCGUGACAGGAUUUGAAAAUGUGAAGAGGUGGGGUCUGUUAGAUGGGGGUUUUCUCAAACUUGUCGAAUCUGCUGAAAAAGGAACAGACCUUUUUACACCUAAAACAGGAUCAGAGUUUCCCUCUUACAUUUUAAUUGAAAUUGAAAAAUUGCGAAGGGAGGUUUGUGUACCUGACAGUGACAAUGAUGAAGAGGAAGUUGAAAGUUUUGAGCCUGAUGUUUACAAAGAUGGUACUUUUUUCAUCCCUACUGCAUAGAUUCAUUUUACAUUAUUUCAGUAAAAGAUAAACUAAGGAUGUGUGUCAGGAAUUGAGUCAGUGUAUCAGUCUUAGUACUAUCUGAUCAU